CACCGGCCAGCCGGGUGGAGUGAGCGGCGCUGGGCUCGGGCUCGGGCUCCGCGGGCGGAAGAGGCGGCGGCGGCGGCGGCUGAAGCGGCGGCGGCGGCGGCGGGAGCCGAAGAGGAGGUUCCGGACGCUGCUCGGGAACCGGGGACUCAGGAGUGCCCGCGCCCUGAGCGCUCAGCUCCAGAGGCGUUAAAUACUCCAUUGGGGAAAUUGCCAGUGAUGCCCCAGGCUGCAGGCUUCCCUGGUCGCCUACUUCCUCACUUCCGUGCCUGUCGUGUAUGCAUGUAUUAUCAUGUAUGAAGAGGGUCACGGAAUCACAGCGCCUCACUCACACGGACCCUCACAGAUCCUCAUGCGCAGUGUCACGAUGGAUAUCUUCACCAGCUGUCAUGGCUGAGUACGGGACCCUCCUACAAGACCUGACCAACAACAUCACCCUUGAAGAUCUAGAACAGCUCAAGUCGGCCUGCAAGGAGGACAUCCCCAGCGAAAAGAGUGAGGAGAUUACUACUGGCAGUGCCUGGUUUAGCUUCUUGGAGAGCCACAACAAGCUCGACAAAGACAACCUCUCCUACAUUGAGCACAUCUUUGAGAUCUCCCGCCGUCCUGACCUACUCACUAUGGUGGUUGACUAUAGAACUCGUGUGCUGAAGAUCUCUGAGGAGGAUGAGCUGGACACCAAGCUAACCCGUAUCCCCAGUGCCAAGAAGUACAAAGACAUUAUCCGGCAGCCCUCUGAGGAAGAGAUCAUCAAAUUGGCUCCCCCACCGAAGAAGGCCUGAGCAAGGGGGAGGAAGAAGAGGAAGGUUGGACCUUCAUCAGACCACUCCCUUCCCCCCAUCCUCCAAAGGAGGGGGCAAGGGCCACCCCCCCAUCUACCCACUUACUAACCUGGUCCUAACCCCCUUACUGUGCGCGUGUGUGUGCGUGUGCGCACGCUCUGGCUGUCUGUCUAUAUGUCUAGCUCAUCUAGUUCCUCCUCUUGAGGGGAUGGGAGUCAGGGGCAAGGGGAGGGGGCUGAGUUCCCCCACUCUAGGAGGAGGUGGGGGCUAUUUCUAUGCAAAUAGAAAUCAGCACAUUCCUCCUACUUCCCUUUCCUCCAUUCUCCCCUCAUAUCUUUAAAGUGUGGAAGCAGAAAGGAGCUGCAUUUUCCUACACUGAGGAGCUAACAUGGGGGUAAGGUAUGGGAGAGGUAGGUGGAUCCAAGGAAAAGCAGUGGGGAGGGAAGGCGAAGAGGCCGCUCAACCUCCACCUGGGAGGGGCAAAGAAAAGCCAGCCUUCCAUGUUUGUACUCCUGUGCUGGACUAGCUGUUUCCUGUUGUUCCUCAGGUGGGAGGGCUUGAGUGCCAGCCGGUCCCUUUCUGCCUCUCAUGGGCCUAGUAUAGGCAUGAGCCAGGAUCCUUUCCUGGCCCCUAAGAUUAAACCCCAUGGAGCAGCUAGCAUUAGCCACCUGUACUUUGGAGAGACUGUACUGGGAACAUGUACCACUGAGCCUGAGAUGGGGAUUAGGGCAGAGAGAGGGGAGCCCCCUUUUCCACUCAGUUGUUCCUACUUAGACUGUUGCACUCUAAACCUAGGGAGGUUGAGGAAUGAGAUCCUUAGGUUUUAACCCGAAUCCUGACCCCACCAUCCAAUAGGGUCCCAACUUGGUUAUUGCAGGCAACCUUCCCUCGCUCCUUGGUGGAGAACAUCCCAAGCCAGAAAGAAGUUAACUGCAGCGUUUUCCUUUGCACCGAUCCUCACCCCAAUUCAAUCCAGGAAGGGAUUUAGGAAACCCUUCUUUACUAGAUAUCCUGGCCCCUGGGCUUGUGAACACCUCCUAGCCAAUCACUACAGAACAGUGAAUGACCCCAGCUUCCUGCCUACCCCUAAGAUGCCCUCCCCACCCUGACCGUGCUAACUGUGUGUACAUAUAUAUUCUACAUAUAUGUAUAUUAAAACUGCACUGCCAUGUCUGCCCUUUUUGUGGUGUCUAGCAUUAACUUAUUGUCUAGGCCAGAGCGGGGGUGGGAGGGGAAUGCCACAGUGAAGGGAGUGGCAGAUUGAAAUUGCUACACAGUCCAAACAAAAAAGAAAGCUUUUUCAAAAAACAUUAAAUUCACAUGCAGUCUCAGACUAUUUAGAGAAAAUUGAAGUUAGGAGCUUUUAGGAUGUGGGAGUAAAACUUUAAUGGGAGGGGAGGGCUGGCUGCUGGGAGAAGGAAGAAGCCAGACUGGUUAGACAGUACUCUUAACUCCUAGCCCAGCCUAGCCUGCCCUGCCCCUCUGGCCACUGCUGCAGACACCUGCCUUAACACACACACCUCUAGGACUCCACGGUUUUGCCUUAAAGGACCUUCCCAAGUCUCUCUUUCCCUGUCUAGCUUCUCCCUUAAGAAGAGAUAAUUGCAGAAUUGGGAUGGAGGGAAUGAACAUGAACCAUCCUUCCAUUUGGGGUAUGUUACAUAGAGUGAGAGAGAGAAUGAGCCUUUCUUAUGGAGGAAAUGGGAGGAGAGAGACAGGGUUAUUUUCAGCAGAGUCUAGUAGUUUCUCUGUAAGGCAAAAUAAUCUUAAACGACUAACGUGCCCACCCACUCCUUAUAUUGCUGUGAGAUUGCCCCUAUCUUGUGCUCUUCUGUCUGCAGUGUGCACGACCUUGUUCUAACCCGGAAUAAAGGUAAUUGAUUGUACUGUAA